GGCUGAAGCUUCUCAUCAGCAACCAACAUGACCACACAAACACCCGCGACCACGCUAUAUACUGCGCGUCGCCAUGUCUGCGCCGGAGGUUACACAGAAUGAUCUCCUUGCUUUCCACGCCUCUCACCUUGGCGAUACCUCAACUGAACACUUCGCGCAACAAUUCUUGGGUCCUGUGGAGGAUUACCAUGAAGAAGAGGCUGAGGAUGACGGUCUUGGAUAUUAUCCUGACGGAGUCAAAAGAACUUUGACGGAUGAACAAAUCGCAAUCUUUCGACAUUCGGAAAUUCAGACUAUUCUUCGAAAGCGCAGGCAUGCUGCAGAGUCCAGUGAGACUAGGGAUGAGCAGCCUAUAUCUGAAACUUUAAGAAGCGUCCGCACAGAAAAGGCCGAGGAAGAAGAAGAUGGAGAGAUUCCUGAAAGUUUUUCGCAUCCAGAGCCAAUCGGACCCGUGCGACCAAAGAAAAAGUCAAAGAAGGAAUUGAAAAAGAUACAAAAAGCGCAAGAAGCCAAAGAGAAAGGUUGGUUUAAGCAAAACGUGAAGCCCGAUUUACGAAAGCGGACAUGGGAUAAAGUUGAGAAAUCUAUUGGAUCUCUUGCGUAUGACGACGAUGAGGGUGGUGGUAAUAGCCAGGCCUCAAGUUCAGCGCCGCAAAGAAGAAAGAUCACUUACGAUGAUCCUUGAGCAAUCCACAACUUGACUCCAUUCAACGCUUCGAUGAUAGCUUCAUCAUUUGAAAAGUUAUCAACUCUUGUCACGAAUCUCAUGUUGGCAUAACAUAAUCCAUUCUCGAUGUCAAAUUCGCUUCAUAUACUAUUAUUCUUCAGCUCAAAUUUCGAUAUCAAUAACAGCAAUUAGCUUGAGAUCAUAAAGAAACACGCCUGAGAUAAGUUUGAUGUUUGAAGGAGUGUAAAUGUGCAAAGAACGGUGGAAUGUUUGCAUUUACCUGGACAAUCUUGUGUGACAGCUGGAUUUGGGAAUAUUUUAAAAACAAGACAAGGCUGGCUUGUAGCCGCCUCAUAAAUCCGGUAUCAAUACAUAGAUCCAAGCUCCUGCUUCUUGCAAUGCAACAAUUCUGACCA